UGGCUUAGGUGGAAAUGUAUAGCAGCCAAAUACUCUUAACGCAUUGCUUUGCCUGUGCGCCUGGCAUGCGCGCUAUCGUUAUUACCGCUAAUUAAAUGCUUCCUAGGACAAACGCUUGUUAUAAAAUCCACCAUGCAUUUUGAGGUGGGAACACUCGGCACUGAAUUAUUAAGUACCGUAAUUAUUGAUUGCUUCAUCCAGCAGUGAUUGAUGAUAAAUACAGAGAAGCAGCAGGGGGCAGUUCCAAUUCCCCAGUGUGCUUGGAAACAACUCAUGGCCACUAAUGGCUCGGCAAAUAUAUGUAAGUGUUAUGUCGUCUAUAGUACAGUUAUUAUAAUUUUUGCUCCCUGCCAAGUAUCUUUGAGUCCAAAGACUGAAUAUUCAAGAGGGUCCUGAUUGUAAAUGUUUAGCCUCUUCAUUUGUUAAUUCUUACACUGUAGCUGAGUGCACACAUAAUACAGUAAUAUCCCCAUCUCUUCGUGGUCCUCCAACCCAACAUCUGGCCGGGUUGUAGAGAAGGGUGUAGAGGUAACUAUGUUGGUGUGAUAAAUAUGCACGUAUCAUUUACAGCCCUUUGUCAAUCCACUGCUGGCUGAAGGUAGUCACCGUCACCUUGUCCAUGUCAUUGAGGUUAUUGACCAUACUUUACCACGCUGGUCAGUGCUGGUUGGUAAAGGGGUGCAUCCAGGAUUGGUUCAGAUAAUCACUCCCCACUGAUGUCAGCCGUGACCAGGAUUCAAACUGAUGAGUUCACUUGCCAAGUACAUAUUGCAUGUCACUGCUCCUCCCAAAAAGCUUUCGGCAAUGACACGAAUUUAAAACAAAUUUGUCAAAAACACUGGCCUUAAAAUUAAAAUACAAAAUAUCUAAUAGACGACGUUAUCAUAGCACAUAAAAUGAUAAUCGAUUUUUGGCUUGAAAAAAAAUUAAAUGUUUCAAAGGCAAACUCGAUUCAAUGAUUCUGUCGGCUUCAAUAAUUAGGUGACGAGGCGAGAAACCUCACCCUUUCAUUCGGGCAUUCUCGCAGCCAGCAGUGCACCAUCCUGCGGUGGGACCACGUCCAACGUACACAGGAACACACCUUGCUGCAAGUGCCUCGCGUUUGUGAAACGUGUUUACCCACACGCCGUGGUUGGUAUCCGUAGAACCGAGGGAUGCGGAACUGAUGCGCGUAACGUUGGCGCAGCCUGUGUCCCUUGAUCCGGCAACGCAAUCUGCUUCACAAACAAUUAGCGCACACUUUUUGCUAACUAGAGCGUAAACUUACGCGCACGCGCACACACACGCGCGCGCCCACUCUCACUCACUCACUCGAAUAGAGUCGGUGGCACAACCUUUGCUACGCGAGGCACGCUGAAUUUCUUAAAGCAGCUAUGGAGGAGCGUCCAGGAUGCCCGCCAUUCAAGCUUGGAAAGUCCAUGUUUGACCAGACCACAUUCUACGGACGCCUUCGGCACUUCCUCGACAUCAUUGACCCAAGGACUCUGCUCGUGAGCGAGGUUCCGUGCCCUGGCCGUGCUGUAAUUCCAUCAACCAUGGAAAUUCGGGCGUAAACACAACACAAAUUGGAUUUAUAAUUCAUCCCAAGUGCGAGACCGCAUCUCCAACCGGCGUACAAAUGGGGAGGACGUGCACAUCGAGGGGGAGCUGCUGCGAGCCGUGGAGACCCUCGACGACUACAAGAAAGGCGUCGCUCGUCCUGGGGUUGACGGACAAGCAGCUCUGGGAAGCGCAGAAAGUCAAGCAGGCCAUUUUGCACCCUGACACGGGCGAGAAGAUUUUCAUGCCGUUCCGGAUGUCAGGUUACGUACCGUUUGGGACCCCCAUUGUUGUUGGCCUCCUACUCCCCAAUCAGACGCUCGCCACCACGGUUUUUUGGCAGUGGCUGAACCAAAGUCACAACGCGUGCGUGAACUACGCCAACCGCAACGCCAGCAAGCCAACGCCGACGGCGCGCUUCGUGCAGGGAUACCUGGGAGCAGUGUGCAGCGCGGUGGCGCUUGCGGUGGGACUAAACGUCUUCAUUAAGAGAGCCAGCGGCUUCAGCCCGGCCACCCGUCUCCUCAUCCAGCGCCUCAUUCCCUUCCCUGCCGUGGCCACCGCCAAUGUGUGCAACGUUCUGCUGAUGCGGCACAACGAGCUGCAGGAGGGGGUGGACGUCGUGGAUGAGCACGGCCGCGUCGUGGGGACCUCGCGGACAGCAGCGAAGCACGCGCUGGUGGAGACGGCGGUGACGCGCAUCGUGCUGCCCAUGCCCAUCCUGGUGCUGCCCCCCCUCAUCAUGGCGAUGCUGGAGAGAUUGACGUCUCCCUGUUGGAGCCAGAGAUACAAGCGUCGACCACGGACAAGAUCCUCACUUACAACAAGGGCCUGUGAGGCAAGUGACGCCUCCUCUCUCCACCCUGGAAGACGCCUGCAAGAAAUCAACAAAUCGCAACUCUCCCCAUGGCUCGCACCUGCACGUCCCUCCCAGGCAAAGGCCCUCAUCGCGUUGCGUCGUGGUGCGUGCGCCGCUCGCCGCAUGCGGACCGACGCAGCGUUCGGUGUUUUUUUCCCCCCCUCUCUCUCUUUCCCUGGGAUUGUUUGGCAUUGUGGACGUAAUGUGACAUGCGCCUUUAUUGAGCAGCAAGUCAUAAUUCUCGGCAAACCCUUUGACCCGCUGGAAUGCGUGAGCUACUUAAAAAUAACCCCCCCCCCCCCCCAACGCAAUUUUACAAGAGUAAAAAAUUAUUUAAAAAAAACGCGGCCCUACCAAGAGAGAGAAAUGUAAUGGCUGUUAUUUAAUGCCGUGCCUUCCUACGGCAGAGAAUGAAACCCUUCGCAGUGAACACGGAACAAAAUCCCUCUGAGGUCAACAACAACGCUUUGAAAGAUAAGCCGAUACAAGCUUAGUAUAACGUUCACAUGGGGGUUUGAACCCGAAGAAGGGGAGGUAGACGUAGAGAGAGAGAGAGAAAAAAAACCGCGUGUUUUGAGCGCUGCAGAAACGGACAGCUGCACCAACUCGAAUUCCUGUCGCGUCCGACACGACGCGACAAUGAUGCAGGGCCUUUGUCGAGAGACACGGGGGGAGGGGGGGGGACUGAGCGGGCCAGGAGGGGAAGAGCCGCUCAUUACGUAAUCGUCCCCGAUACCUGCACGCACACCGCGCGGCACCUCUGACUAGCACGGUUGGCUACGUACGGUGCGAAAGAAGUCCCACGUACGUGCCAGUUUUUUUGUUGUUCCCUCCACAUCGCGUGCCAGCCGGGUUUGAGCUACAAGUCCGGUUCGUCGACGGGUCUUGAUUCUCUCGCUCGUGGUCGCGCGCGUGCAUCAGCAGAGAACCGCAUCGGGUAGCGACGAUUCGCGUCGCGUCACAACGGCUGUGUCACGUGUGCCCCCCCCCUCUCCCCCCCUACCGCAAGCCGCUACAGCUGCUUACACUGCCAUUGACUGCAGUGCUAAAACAAAAAAACUGUCAUUGGUUCUUGAAAUGUGUGUCAUGGAUCGUGGGAAUUCAUUGAAUCACUCAGUGCAGUGGGGGGGGGGGGGGGGGGGGGGGGGGUUUGAGGGGGUCUGGACCUUGUCCAUUAGCCUGCUAGCCCCGUAAUUGGGUCUUGUGCUCACAAUCCAUAAGUUGGAUUCCAUAAACUGGAUUGUGCGCGUAUAAACAGCCGAUGGUUUACCGCUCAUGGAGAUGAGACGCUUACGAUAUAUUUAGGCUAACGGAGUGAACAAAACUGCGCGAACUCGAAGGGGAAGAAAGAUAAUGCAGAUGACACAAAGUGAAUCGGCUGGGAAGGCGAGGUGUCAUGUUUCUGCCUUGCGGGGCAUGUUGCGCUGCAUUGAUUCGUCGAUUACAACUGAUUAAUUAUGAUUAAAAUAGCGAUAAGCGCAUUACAUAGUUUGUGUAAGGAUGAGUUGUUUUUGACGAAUCCUGUUCGUGGUGCGUUAUUUGUUUGUACGACGCCUGCAGCCACAAUUAACGAUUUGUUUCCUCUCGUUCCGAUAAAUCGUCGCGAUUUGAGGUCACGGUUCGAUUACAGAAUCAAUGUGGAGAGGAGGAGGGGGAGGAGAGGGGUGUGAUUAUUCUUUUGUUCUUUCGGUAAAGUCACGUAGAAAAUAAAAUGUAAUAAUAAAAGAAACAUAGUAAACUUAUGAAUAAUAUGCAAUACAACACGGAGAGUCGACUAACACAACGCGUGUUGACUGUUGUUUUAGCCGACUCUCUGUGUUGUAUCGCAUUAUAUUUCAAAAGUUUACUACAUUUGGUUUUCUAAUUCAUUCUUACCUGAUGACGGUUGCUUGUGUUGCAAUCGAAACGUCGUAUUCUAUUACUAUUUAAUUUAAUUUUCUACGUGACUUCACCGAAAGAACCGAAGAGUAAUUCCUGCAGUCACGAAAGCUUCCAAUCUAGGGGUGUGAUUGUUGUGAAAAGUUAACGUAGCGUCGUCUCUCGUGGCUGCAAGGGUCGCGUGCGGCAAACGCAACACAAGAAUAUUGCUGCGUUCCGUAAAAAGAAGGCCCUGGUUGGUGCCAUGCAGCAUGCACGAGAGUCGUAUUAUAUUAGUGUUGUUGUUGUUUCUGUAAUUUAAAUCGACGAAUCGGUGCCUCGUGACUUACCUAGAGAAUAAGCUGUUGCUUUCAAUCACCUUGACCAAGGACUCUAGAAUGUUGAAAGUACGCUUUGUUGUGAGUUCGCUUUGGUCAGAGUCUUGAGCAUGAUAUCUGAGAUAAUUGUCCUUGGCAUGUAAGGUUGUGAAUGUAUUCAAGCCGCAAUCAUUAUUGUUCGCUCUCGUGCCUGCAAAAUGUUUAGUAGCUGAAAAUAUAAUGAACUUGCGGGCUUCCAUAAAACAUGCACAUAAUCAUAAUAUAUUCGUAAAUAAGUAUAUGACUACAGUAAUAAUUAAUAUAAUGCUGGAUUGAAGGGCUUCUCACAUCGUGAUGAUCAUUGCGGUUGUUUGACCAUACUUCACCAUGGUAGCCAGCGUAGGUCGGUGAAGGAAGGGGUAGGGUGGCCAGAACCGGUUCAGAUGUCAGCCCCUGGUUGGGGAUCGAACUCGGUGUGGCUGGGUUGAUAGUGCAGUUCUCUGUCUCAGCACGGUGUAAACACUCCACAGUUGUCUGUCAUGUAACAAUGUAAUGAAAUAAUGUAACGUUUACAAGAUGUAUUAAUUGUUAAUGCGUGACGCUAAGUAUAAUUUUAAUUAUGAUGCUGUUGAAAAAUCCCACUCACACUUGUGGUCUGACUGUUUUGUUAAAAUGUACGCCUCACACUAAACAGGGUAGCACAUCUAUUGAACAAUUUCUCACCGAAAUAAAGUUUACACUUCAGUGA